AUGCAGAGAGUCCGCUGGACGUCGGCCUUCAGACGCGCACUCACACGCAACCACGUUACCUGUACUGUGCCAAAGCACCUGUCCCCGUCCUCAUUCCUGUCCCUGUCCUCAUCCCUGUCCUCAUCCCUGUCCUCAUCCCUGUCCUCAUCCCCGUCCUCAUUCCUGUCCCCAUCCCCGUCCUCAUCCCUGUCCUCAUCCCCGUCCUCAUCCCUGUCCUCGUCCCUGUCCUCAUCCCCGUCCUCAUCCCUGUCCUCAUCCCUGUCCUCGUCCCUGUCCUCAUCCCCGUCCUCAUCCCUGUCCUCAUCCUUGUCCUCAUCCCUGUCCUCGUCCCUGUCCUCAUCCCCGUCCCUGUCCUCAUCCCUGUCCUCGUCCUCAUCCCCAUCCCUGUCCUCGUCCUCAUCCCCGUCCUCAUCCCUGUCUUCAUCCCUGUCCUCGUCCUCAUCCCCAUCCCUGUCCUCGUCCUCAUCCCCAUCCCUGUCCUCGUCCUCAUCCCCGUCCUCGUCCCUGUCCUCAUCCUUGUCCUCGUCCCUGUCCUCAUCCCCGUCCCUGUCCUCAUCCCUGUCCUCAUCCCUGUCCUCAUCCCUGUCCUCGUCCUCAUCCCCAUCCCCCUCCCCGUCCCUUGCUGUCCUGCACCCUCACUGCUCCAGGCCCAACCCGGCCUGAGUUCAUCAUCACGUUGUAAAUCUAGAUCGUUGUGGAUUUUGUAGACCUCCGAGUUCUUCUGGGUUUCAUCCAGCUGAAUAUCAUCGAACAUCUGCAUCGGACCAACAACAACCCUUUAAUUUAAAAAGACCACCAAGAGGUACUCCACACUGAGUACCACGUGAGCAACCAAAGCCCACCUCGUCCCCCCGUCCCAGAGUCCAGAGAGACCCCCCCCCUCUCUGCUGCGGGCUGAAAGAAUCCACUGGAGCUGUUCAAUGUUUUUACAUACCAACUUAUGUUCAGAGGUUUCAAAAUGUUCUCAGCUGGUCUAGUCUUCGUGAAAAUCCUGACCCAAAUUUUUCAACCAAUCAGAUUAAAGAGAGCAGUUUGGACCUCCGAUGUUACGAAACGUGACGGAACAAAAGAACAAACUAACACGCGCUUCAUGGACUUCACAUGAACGCGACCCACUGAAAACGGCUCCACGACCCACUUUUGGGUCCCGAACCACCAGUUGAGAACCACUGAUCUAAAGUACCGCCUGCGUCGUCUCCAAAUCUGAACACGCUUUACACGCCGACUGCCUGAACAUGUUUCGUACGUAGAGCGGACACUCGUUUUAUAAACUUUGUGUUUAAUGACUAAAGGAGAGAUUUCUGUUUUACUUGAAGAGUGACGUUUACACACACACACACACACACACACACACACUCACACACAGAAACACAAACUCACACACAGAAACACACACACACACACACACACACACACACACACACUCACACACACACACACAGAAACACACACACACACACACACACACACACACACUCACACACCACGUCACCACGUUUUGAUUCUGCUCUCACCAAACGAUCAUCUCAUGAAAGCGGCGUUCACAGACGGCGUGUUUUUUCCUUUUGAGUGUAAAGACGAUGAACAGACACGUGUACAGUUUUUAAUAUUUAUGACCGCGGUGUCGUUUAGAGAAACAUUUAAUCACUAUUUAUCCACAUGAGCUGAGAGAUCAAACUUCUGUGUGACGAGUCCGUUUGAAACCGGCUCUCAGUGGGAUCAUGUGGGGGGUGAAUGGAGUCUGGUACGGGGCGGGGGGGGGGGGGACAUAACACAUCUACUGUAGACUGUGUGUGGAGGAUGAUGUAACCAGCACGUCUGUUUGGUUUGUGUCGAUACCUGAGUUUAAAACAAACAGUAUCCAUACCUGUGUCGUUACCAUGGCAACGGAGAAAGAAGUCGUACAUACCCGACAUCGGAUCACCUCUUUGUUUUCAAAUUAGGAAAAACAAACUGCUGCACGCUGACUUCAUCGCACAAAAACAAAACGUUUUCUGGGAGCAAUGACGUUAUAAAGCGAGUUCAUCUGAGCGUCUAAAUCAACAAUAUGUAGGAAUCUGAUUUGGAGCACUUUGGCGCCCCCCGCAGGUCUCUAAGUGAAACUGCAACGUUGUAAAUCCCAGACUGCAGUUUCUCUCUUAUAGCUCCAUCCCUCGGCGCCGUCUUCCUCGUAGCCUCGCCCGUUGUUUCAAACAGAAUCAAGGCGAGCUAACUACGUAUGGAAGUAAAGCAGCGCCCGCCGUCACACUCGCAUCGUGCUAUCAGCAGGAGACCGGGGGGCGCUCUGCGGACAUGAGAAGGACGCCAUCUUGCCUGUUGAAAAUUUUUCUAUUAGAUCGACUUUGAAACGACCAUUUAGAGGUGGAAAGUGUUCUAACUGAACAUCCCGAUGUGUUGAAGACGAGACCAGAUCAAGUUCUAGAUUUGGUCCACACCGGGACUCGAACCGGCGACCUUCCAGUCCAGUUCAGAAAGGCUCAGAGGUACCAGACUCCGUUCACGUUUGUCUCGUUUUUUCACCCUCAGAGCAAUAGACUCCGUGUGUUAGCCAAUCCCGUAGUCUCACUCUUAACGCCUGGAUUGUGAGCCUAUCAGAGACCAGUCUGGUAUAGAGACCGCCUCCGCACACAAACACUAGCCAGUAGAGACAUCGGUCACUUUUAUAUUUUGUCGUCUUCAGUGGCCAAAACACAGCGCUGACCCUUCAAACGGAGAAACGGUGGUCGGUGGUCGGGUCCGCCUGUGAAUGAUUUGUUGUUCUUUAAAUGUGUACAGUGAAACUAUUACAGAGAUUAUAGACACUAACCUGACUGUACAUACGGUGAAUACAGGUGUUUUCUUUUUUCAUUGUUGUUUCUUUUUAUUUUUCAAAAUGGGAGCGUGAGAUUUAUCAGUAACAACAAUAAAGAAAUAUGUUGGAUAUCA